AUGUUUCACGCCAAACGCCUCCAAAAGGAGCUUAUCAAGAUCCACCAAGGUCUUCCGCCAGGAAUCCACCUCGUCGCGGCGAAUGACUUUCAAGAAUGGCAGAUGGACAUCCAAGUUCUAGACGAGAACCCACUGUACUACGGAAAGACUUACAGGCUCAAAUUCAAAUUCAGUAAUAACUACCCUAUCGAGGCCCCCGAGGUCAUGUUUAUUAGAGCUACCGACAGAGACAUCCCAAUGCACCCACACAUCUACUCUAAUGGCGUAAUCUGUCUGGAUCUCCUCAGCAGCGGAAACGGAUGGAGCCCCGUCCAGAGCGUUGAGAGCGUGUGCAUGAGUAUCCAGAGUAUGCUUACUGGGAACACGAAGAACGAGCGGCCAGACGGUGAUGACCAGUUCGUCCUCCGCACAAGCACCUCCCUUCGUAACAUCCGCUUCGUCUACGAUGACAAUACUGUCUAGCUUUUCUUCUUUCUUCUUCUUUUUGCUUCCUUUUCUCUUCCCCUUUCUUUCCCCCUCUCCCUAAACCUACCUACCAUGUACUCAAAGGCGUUCCGGAAUACUUUAAGCAAUGGGCCGCGAAUCGUACAUGAUACAGGGAGCGUACCAGGGAAAUGGUUUAGGAUCGCAGAGAAAACGGGCGAGUGGGCGCAUACCUUUUUUUUCCCCUUUUUUCCUUGACUUUUACCUACAACUUAGCUAUCUUUACACCGCUUUUUUCUCCUCGGACUGUUGAUCAUGAACCAUCACUCGGCAUAUAUGUAAAGGGAAUUGCUUAACUUAAACCUCUUAUCGUUUUCUCCUUCUUUUGAGCCUUUUUGAAAUGGAAGACCUCUUUGUGAAAACAUUUUUCACCCA